AAAAUCUUUACAUCAUCCAAUAUAUUUUCUCUCCAUAUAAAUAUCUUGCGAACGUUUCUGCAGAUAUGGACAUUUUUAGCGAGAAAGAAGCUAAGCGACAAAAUCAAGAUAGCUCCCUCACAGAUGAGUCGCAAAGAAACAAAGAGCCCGAUCAAUCCGAUUCGGUUUACGGUAAGAACCUGCGAUUCCCGAUACUUGGUUAUCGCUACGAACUUCCUGACUUACCAACGAGCUACGUGCCGUCCAUCACCUUGGAUACAACUCUGUUGCACAUUCCCGUGUACACCCAUUUGAAGAUACACGACUUGAAGCCCGUGAGGCGACCGAAACCACCUUCCAUCUUGUCGACGCUGCAUUUGCAAUUUUCGGAACACGCUCGUAAAUGUUCGAGAGAAAUAUCAUCGACCGCGCGUGCGAGCGAGGAAGACACAGUGUCAGUCUCGUGCAACGUUCGGGAUGAUGCGAAAAUUGACGCGCGCGGAAAAUGAUGAUAAUGACAGCUUCAAGGAGCCCGCGAGGGUUUCGCCUAAAUAACGACUUACCGAAAGCGCAAAGAUGUAGGCGCGGAGCAUCGGGACAAACGCUGGUUGCCAUUGCAACUGCUGAUAAUUUGCUUUGGAAUAAAGUUACUCGUGAGAGAGAUGACUGUCCGUUUCAAUGAUUCGCUGCGAGUGUUCUUUCCUUCCUUUCCGCCAAUUUCCAAACGUUUCUCCUCACGUCGAGUGCAGAAAGAGCAAUGCGGUGCAACGAAAAAGAGCACAUCGUCUGUGAA